AUGGAUACCUCAGAUGCCAUUCUAAGUAGUACCACUACUAUAGGCUCUGUUCAUACUGCUUCUCCAACUCCACUCUCCAUAAAACAACGCAAAGAAAACUUUGUCUCCGGUCUAACAGGUGGCUCAGUUUCUGAAAUUUACAUCUGCACCCUCAUUGCUAUUUCAAGUUAUCUAGCAUGGGCAGUUAUACAAUCUAGACUUGGGUUUUUCCCCGUUUCAAAUACCUCAUCAUCAUCAUCAUCAUCUUCUUCUUCUUCAAAAACCUCUAAACUCUCCCAUCAAUCUAUCCAAAAAAUAAUAGCACUACUGCUAUCAAUACCAACUCUCGUAGACGUCACCCUCAACUGGCUCACGUCGCUUCUAUCAAUUACAACUUACUCAGGGCAUCCACUUUUACUCAAUGCCGCUGUUCUCAUUCCUACAUUAUACAUCCUGGCUACUCGGCCAAGAAAAUCACUCGCUCAACUUGAGCAAAUUUCAAACCCUAGCAUAAACAAAAUUAACACAUCCAAAGAUUCUAAAGACACUAAUAAAAAGGAUCACCAACAACAACAACAACAACAACAACAACAACAACCCACAAACACUCCAUCUUUACUUAAAACUUAUCUCCCUCAUCACUCAUUUUUAUCCGUCUACCGUGGACAAAUGAUGAUUCUCACAUGCCUCGCAAUUAUUGCUGUCGACUUCCCAAUCUUCCCCAGACGCUUUGCCAAAGUUGAAACUUGGGGGACUUCUCUCAUGGACCUUGGUGUUGGCUCGUUUGUCUUUUCAAUGGGCCUGGUAUCGUCCCGUGCUACCCUCUCUUCAACUUUUACAAAUUCAGUAGCCCCAUUUUUCUCAACCCUCAUAAAAACCCUCAGAGGUGUUCUCACUGUCCUACUACUCGGCCUCAUGCGCCUAUAUUUUGUAAAAUCCUUAGAUUAUCAGGAACACGUCACAGAGUACGGAAUUCAUUGGAACUUCUUCAUGACCCUUGGUUUUCUUCCUCUUUUUGUCACUAUUAUCGAUUCCAUAGCACCUCCCCGCAAACAAUCUAAAGACGGGACUCCUAUCAAAUCCUUUACCAUCCCCACUGUUUUUCUCGCCUUAAUAAUUGCAAUUGUAUACGAAUAUGCUCUUGAUAAGCUAGGUCUUGUCGCUUGGAUCAUCACCGCUCCACGUGUCAACCUUUUGUCACAAAAUAAAGAAGGCGUCUGUUCAUUUAUCGGCUACUUUUCUAUUUUUCUUUUUGGAAAAGCUACAGGCUAUUACACUCUCCCAUCUACAGUCUCUUACAAAGCUUUGCUUUACCCACAAACCCGCAGUGAAUUCCUUGCUAGUAAAAGCACCCCAGCUCAGGGGAACCCUAAAACUGCCGCCCGUGUGCGUCGCUUAUAUAUGCUGCUAAUAUCCAGCUUUGCCUUCCACAUUGCAUACUUUACAGCCCGCAAACUGCUGCGUCUUCAAGUCUCGAGGCGGUUCGCUAAUCUACCGUAUGUUCUUUGGAUCGGCGCCUACAACACACUCAAUCUGGCCUUUUUUGCAGCCGUCGAGCUUGCUGUGUUUGGAAAUCCAGAUGCUUACCCGUACGAAAUGUUAGUUCCAGCGUCUGUGGAUAGCGUCAAUUCUAGCGGGCUGUUUAUUUUUCUGUUGGCUAACGUGUCGACAGGCCUUAUUAACAUGUCGCUUAAUACGCUUGACGCAAGUCCCCAAGUCGCUUUGGCCGUGCUAUCAUUGUAUGCAUUAUUUUUGUAUACAGUAGGAACUGUUCUUAAGCAAUUAGGGAUUGUAAUUCGGUUGUAA